GCAUGCAGUCACGUGAUCAAUUACAGCGUCUGCCCCCGAUACCUUGCUGCGAGAGCCCGCAAUCGGUCGCCGAGCGAUCCAGCUCCGUUUUCGUCAAUUUUCGGACCCCUCGCGACGUUUUGGAGACCAAAAUCUAGGAGGAUUCUUGACGAGGACCCCCCUACGUCCACCGUCCUCCUGAUACCCCGGAUGCUGACGUCAUCUUUGUUGUUGCGGUGAUUGGGUGGCGGGAAACGAGAGAAGCCUGGCUGCGCACGCGCACGGGAAGAUGCACCGCACCACGCACCUCCCCAUCACCGAGCUCAACCCCCACCUCAUGUGCGUGAUCUGCGGGGGCUACUUCAUCGACGCCACCACCAUCAUUGAGUGUUUACACUCGUUCUGUAAGACGUGCAUCGUGAAGUACCUGGACACCAGUAAGUACUGUCCCGUCUGCGAUGUCCAAGUUCACAAGACUCGACCCUUGCUCAAUAUACGAGCGGAUAAGACCCUACAGUCCUUGGUGUACAAGCUCGUGCCCAACUUGUUUAAAGAUGAGAUGAAAAGACGGCGUGAUUUUUACGGCCAGUACCCAGACCAGGACCUGGCGGCGUCCAGUGAGGAGAGAGGGGAGGUGGAGGAUCUACAGAUCUACACACCUGACGAGCACAUCAGCCUCUCACUGGAGUAUUACAGAGAAUCUGAAGGAGGGUCGACGGGUGAAUCGGAUCAGGACAAAGACGAAACAGAGACUCAGACGAGACCGGAGAAACAGGACACAUCCCCCAAAUCUGACGGCAAGCGGAAGAACGGAGAAACUGAUGACGUUGUUUACCCGGAGAAGCGGUUCCUGAACUGCCCGGCUGCCGUCACAGUUUCUCACCUCAGGAAGUUCGUCAGAAACAAGCUGGACGUGCCGCCGAUCUUCAGGGUUGAGAUUAUGUAUGGAGACGAACCACUGAAGGAUGACUACACACUUAUGGACAUAGCGUAUAUCUACACGUGGAGAAGGAACGGCCCCCUCCCCCUGACCUACCGUGUUCUAGAGAACCCCAGUAAAAGACUGAGGUCGGAGUCAGACGAGCCGGGAGGUAGCGUGAACGGGGAGGGCAGCAGUAGUAGUAGCACCACGACGGAGCUUGCGCCGGCAGAAACCGUCACAACAGCCUCUACGUCAUCACAACCACAGACAGGACCAACGGAAGCACUGGACCUGCGCAGCACGUCUCCAGCCAGUGCGCAGGCGCAGGAGCGACCAAACGGAGGUGUACCGGUACCGGGGGAUACCGGAUGACUCUGUGUUGGCAGGGGGAGGGUCAGGGGCAGGUCAAAGAGCAGGUCAAAGGGCAGGUCAAAGGGCAGAUCUAAGGAUAGAAGCAGGUCAAAAACACGCCGGCUAAAAAGGAGAAAUAAGCAUAUAGACGACUCGGAAAUAGCUGCAAGGUUGCAGAGUUUGAUUUUAGCGUGAUGCAAAACGCUUCUGGCUGAAAUGUAUAUCAUUGUUGAUAUAACACUAUCUUUCGUUUGAUAAUUCUUCAUUUUCAUGCAUUUUUUCCAGUAAGGCCGCUACAACAUCCCCCGAAAGAUAAUGCAAUUAAAUAACAUAAACCAUUAUCACCAUGUAAAUAAUGCAAAAUGACGACUAUAAGUACAUCUCGGAUAAUAAUGAAGUUCAUGGUUCUAAGUACGUAUGCGGGAGGUCAAAGGUGAGGGCACCUGACACAUAGAAAAAACAUGCCAGAUUGACCUUUGAUCUUGUGCAUGCGCACUCAGAAAUGUGAAACUCCUUAUACAGUAGUUCUUGACAGAAAAGAAUAAUGACCAUGUCAUCAGUAGCAGCUCUGUAUAAAAUGCAUUAACCCCUCUGAAAUGCUACCACUUCUUGUACAUGCUAAUUAACGGUUUUUAGGUUUAAUAAUUCAACUAGCCAUCAACAAGCAUUCGUUUUACUUAGGCUGCAUCCUUACACAAAGUAUUUUAUCAUGAAUGACUUUAUUCAAAAUUAGAUAAUAUUAUUUAAUAUUAUUGUCUACUGGAGGAUUGGGGAUGUCAUAGUGUUAAGAAUACGUUUGUAUUAUGGUUUAGACUUUAGAGUCACAAAGCUAGGUAUUGACACAUAGUUGCGUUUCUUAAAAACUUCAGAUCUAUUGAAGAAUCAUCAAGGUUAUCAUGCAUUUGAAGUACAUGACGGUUGAGGUAAAGGAAGACAUACAGCACUAUUUAUGAGGCGGUGGGGGCAGUACUUUUUAAAACAAAGGAAGAGGUGUAUUACUGGUUAAGCCUAAUUAAUGACUACAACUAGCUCAUUUAUUUUUCGAUAGACUCGAGCAACAACCAUUAAUUGUUUGAUGACCAGAUAUAGCAAGGAUAUAGCAAAACUAAAGCCCUUUAGUAUAUUGAUGAUGCUCAAAAGUUUUUCCACCCUUCUGAUUGGUGGUAAAAAACACACCUGACCCUGAUUCUCCUCAUGCCAGGAUCAGUUUAGGCUCCGCUCUUGUGGUGUGGCCAAAAAUAUAUUUAAGAGAGCUUGGCACAAACUGAGCUGUGCCACGGUACUAGUGCAAAAAAUUAACCUUACAGAGCUCUGUAACAGUUUACUUUAGUGCCGAGAAAAUGUGUAAACUUAGUACUACUACUGGGUUGGUGGAAAACAUAGUCCAGUCUGACAGAAAAAAAAACAGUGCACCAGGUUUUCUACCAACCCAACAGCUACCAUGUACAAUUAGGUUAGUCUCCAAGCAGAUCACUAUGGGGCUAGCAAUAUCCAGCCAGCCAGAGGUGUCAUUCCAAGGACACAGAGUAAGAUA